UGGUACAUACGCCGCUGUAAACGUCCUCUUCCUUGUGUGUCCGACGACGCACCCAGACACCACAAACCACUUCUACUGUUUUCUUGGCCGUGAAGAGCCUUCCUCCACGAACAUCGUCCAGCGAUUUGCUCCGUGUACCCACCAGCGCUGUGCACGCGUCAUUGCGAUUCAAGAAACGAGGUAUCUGCUUAUCGAUUCUCCCCAGUUUCGGUUUCAGAAACAGGCUUCCACUUACACACAUCUUCCAACUGGAGUCUCGCCGGCGAAACAAUGGCGGCCACGGAACAAAAACGCCCCCAGGAAACUUCCAUUUCCCGUGAGCCUACCGAGGCGGCGAAGGAUCUGGAAGAAUGGCGACGCUUGAGGAGCCUCGCGAAUCGACCGAAUGUUCUGAAAUCAAUUGACGAACGCAUUGCUCACCUUGAAUGUUCCGAAGCCGAUUUUUCUGAAAGAGAUGAGGUUAAGCGGGAAGUGACCCAACGGGCACCCCCCUCGUCCGACGAGAAGUCGGCACCCUGUAAUCUAUCCCAGCCCGUCAAGCUCACGAACAGACCGUCCACAUCAACUCAGAUGCACUUCCUUCCUCUCACAUCGUUCGCGUGGAACCAGACCGAUCGCGCUGUCAAGAUUUAUGUGAGAAUUCAAGGGGUUCAGGACAUCCCCGAAAAACAGGUGGUUGCCAAGUUUGCUCGUCAAAGCAUGGAACUGGAGGUUCAUGACUUGUCAGGGAAGAACUACUCUCUAGUCUUCAAGCGCCUCAACAACGUCAUUGUUCCGGAGACCUGCAGCUAUCGUAUCAAGAAAGACAUGGUAGUCGUCACGCUUCAGAAGUCUGGCGGUCAGUGGUGGAGUGACAUUUCUUUCAAGGAGAACAAGUUUGCAGCUCCCCCGAAGCUUGAACAAGAUGCGGACCCUAGUGCUUCGAUCAUGUCUCUCAUGAAGAAUCUGUACGAAGAGGGAGAUGAUGAAAUGAAACGAACAAUUGCCAAGUCAUGGAUGGAGUCCCAACAACAAAGAAUGUCUGGCAACUCGCCAUUUGGAGACAUGAACGAGCUGUAAAUCGCUGACGUAGAAGGCCGCCAACUUUUUUUCUGUCUUCUGUACGUUUUCCGCUGAUGGCGGUGUGUGUAAUCUUGCACAUAGUUCCAGGUAAUGAUGCGUGCUGACAUACUACGGAAUGUGUUGCUGUGGUAGCGCGCUGUUCUGUCCGUCACUUUGAUUUACCGGCAGUGUCUAAGGCGUCCACCCUAGAUUUGUUCAGCGACCCGACGCGACCGUGUCAAAGCCAACAUCAACCUUGCAACACUGGCAUGCACCUGAAGGAAAAAAGCCAAAUUAAUUUGCGGUCCUUGUCGCAUACCCGACACGUAGGUGCCGUGUUUGACGGCUUGUGAAGAAAAGUGAGGGACGAGCUGCCCGAACAGCGGAGCAUGGGGAGUGUCAGGCGACCUUAUUUACUCGUGUCCAUACGGAUAUGUAUGAAAAAGCCAGAGUGCCUUUGGAAAACAGGCCUUUCUGCCAGUCGCCCUGGGUUCCGCACACGCGGCGACUGCGAAAGUGAAGAC